GAUAUCUUUUUAUUUGGUGUGCACAGUUUACUAAAAUGGUUGGACCAGGUUAUUUGUGCGUUUUGCUGGUGAUUGGUUUGUUCGUGAACAAUAUCAAUGCAGUUGCCCUUGAUGGAACAUGUACAGCAGACUGUGAAUGUACUGACGCCCAUACCACGUGUCAGUCCAGUACCUGUGCAUGUGUAACGGGAUACGCCAAAAUAAGCUCCGCUUGUAAAGCAAGCAUUGGGACAACAUGUACCACAACUGCUGACUGCGAUACGACAACGGUGACUGGCACUAUCUGUGACACGACUGCUGCAAGUCCAGUAUGCAAAAUAGAAUCCUCAGGAGACUGUACAAACGUCCAGACUGGCUGUGUGUCGAAUGCAGCUUGUGAUAGCAAUGCCUGCACAUGUACAGCGGCCACCCAUACUGAGGAGACAUCCUCAAAACUGUGCAAGAAAAAACUAGGACAAUCUUGUACAACAACAGCUGACUGUGAUGCUUCUGUCACCAAAACAGUUUGCGACACCACAGUGGCUUCGCCCGUCUGUAAACUAGGUAGCGGUGGAGGCUGUAGCGCCGGAGGUGGCAACGCCGCCGAGUGUAUGUCAAAUUCAGCUUGUGACACAGGAGGCACCGACUUAUGCGUUUGUACAGCAACACAUCCUGAGGAUGGAAACUUUCUUUGCGUGGGUAAGGCCGAUUCUGCGUGUGUCACCGAUGCUGGCUGCAUCAGUAAUGCAGCGUGCACAAGCAGUACCUGUUCAUGUAUGACUGGCUAUUUGGCUAAUACAGCCAAAACAUCAUGUCUUGGUGAUUAUGGGCAUACUUGCACAGCCUUGGACCUGUGUGACACUGACACGAAUACAGUUUCUAUUUGCAGUAACGCUGGAGUCUGUGCUAUAAAGGCGGGUUCGAGUUGUGCCGGGAAAACUGACAAGUGUGUGGUUUACGCCGGCUGUACUGGAGCGUCCGAUACCUGUGCAUGUGGCGAUGGAUACACAAAGGAUGGAAACAAUGAACACUGCGAAGGAGCUGCCGGAAAAGCCUGUUCAUCGUCUGCUGACUGUGGAGCCAGUCUCUACUGUGAUCUGGCUCUUACAGUACCUUUGUGCAGAAAGGCGGUAGGUGAUUGUGGUGGUGACCAGGUCAACUGUGUGACAUUUUCCUCGUGCACAGGCACAACGUGUACUUGUGCCACUGGAUACACUGAAGAUUCAACACUGAAGAUUUGCCAAGGAGCUAUCGAUAAACCCUGCAACAAUGACCUUGGCUGCAACACCGGAAGCGAUGCUGACCUGGUUUGUGACACCACAAAGACAUGCAAGAAAAAGCAAGCGGCAACAUGUACAACUACCGACCAAUGCGUGGCAAACUCGAAUUGCGAAGGCGACUGUAAAGUCUGCACAUGUACGGGUGGUGUUGUGGAUGAUAAGCUAUGUUCUGGGGCCGGAGCUGUGAUUGUUUCCUUACUCGUGCUCCUGUCUGCACUGGUUGUGGCUAAAGUUUAAGACCAUGAUAAAGAAUCUUAAUACCAACACAAGGACAGAAGAAUGUUUUAAGAAAUACAAAUAAAAACUCAUCACAAACCUUAAACAAAAUGUAGAGAAAAAGGUAAAGAAACGUAAAAAAGCUUACGGAAAAGUCAUUAUGUUAAAUCUAUGUAUAAAACAAUAGAAGAUGUUUGACAUUUUCCUAUCCGAAAAUUCCCCAACAUAUAGAAUUUAUGAACUCAUGUAGUAAAUUAUCUAAAUACCUUUUGUUACUAACCAACAUCAUAACCAUGCAAAAAUACAACAAAAUUUGAUGUACAUUUCCGUUGCAAGCUAGUAAACUGCGAACACUAAUUAAAAUGGACGUUGGUAUGCGUCCACUUAUAUUUAAACAACAAUUUUGCGAUCAAAAAUAUUCAAGAGAACUUUUGAUGUUUGUUUCAUUUUAUAAUUGGGAUACUUUUGAAAAUCGUAGUACCUAAAGUUUGCUGUGAUAUUAACGUUUUUAUCAAUUUUACGUAUCAUGAUCGCGACGUUUAAAAAUCAGCAUUUACGCAUAUUUCCCGUAGAUGAGGGCUGUGUUUAUUAACUAUGCCUUUUCUAUGAAGUUGAUACUUGUGUUUAUGUUAUUUUGAACCAACAUUUCGAUUCCAUGUUUCAAAAUUAGCCUGUGACAUUUUGGUGAUACACGAGAUUUAUGUGAGGAACGGAGUCACGUGAUGAAACAUAAUGCAACUAUGGUAAACUUCUAAUUACCUCAUACGUCAUUACGUAUGUGGUAAUACAAUGGUAAUUUCGUCAUCGGUAACAUCAAAAGUACAGAGUAAUUUGAAACUUAUAUUUCUAUACAACGAUCAACAAUUCAAGAGCUAUUAUAACCAUCAUCACAAAUGUGGCUUUGAUGAUCAUGAAACUUGCGUAUUCACCAAAAUAUCAUUUUGUCUGUUGAAAGACAGCACUAGAAUUUUCCAAUUGUACUCAAGUAGUGGCUACGAUUUAUUUUGUUUUAUGAACUGAAGAAAUUCGCAAAUAAAUGUAUUAUAUAUUUCCUGAAUUUAAUUUA